AUGGGAUCGGUGCUCAACAAAGAAACAGUCGCAGCCGACAAAGAGACAGCAGGGAAUGGAAUAGUAGCAGAUACCAGUAUUGUGUACAAACAAUGGAUAAGUUUCAGUUCGUUAUCAGAUGAAGUGCAAAUGUAUUAUCGAGGACGGCCUGCAAACGGAAGUAUGGAUGUUUCCCUUGUUACGAACCAGAUUUUUCAGUUCGUCGCAGUGUUCACUGGAUUUGGAGGAAUGUACAUAACUGACAAUAAAGGAAUAAAAACAGCGGGGUUACUUGGAACGAGUCUCAAUGUUAUUGGCGCUUCGAUUCGUAUGAUUGCCUCAAUUCCAUUCAUAGAAUCCCAUUUAGUUCGAGAAACACUUCUGCACGCUGGAUCAUUCAUCGCUGCUUCUGCGCAAGCAUUUUUCCUGGUUCUGCCAUCAAAAAUUGCCGAGUGUUGGUUUCCAGGAGACCAGAGAGCCAUCGCUAAUGUUCUCUCUUUUGUCGCAAAUCCGGCUGGCGUUGCACUUGGCACUAUUGUUCCUUCGGUUCUAUUCAAAAAUUACACCCAUGGAAACCCAAACAGUUGGAUGUUCUUCUCAUUUGUUCGUAAUUAUCAGAUGAUUUUUUCACAGUUUAUAAUAUUUCAGACUCUCGGAAUGGAGUUUCUCGCAUUUUUCCCAUUCAUUCUAGCCCUUUUCGUUCGCUCAAAACUACCACCAACACCACCUUCCGCUUCUUCAGCUGCUCAUCAGAACAAUAUCGGUUUUGUGAAAUCUAUUCUUCAGUGUAUCAUGAAUCUGCAGUUUUUCAUCCAAAUGACACUCUUCGCGUUCGCGUUUUCCCUUCUUUGGAGCUUGAUGAUUUUCCUUGAUGGACCUCUCAAAGAUCAGGGCUACAAUAUGGCUGGCUAUCCAACCGCAGUGUGCGCUGUCGUUGGUACGAUGACUUCACUGCUCGCCGGGCAUAUUGCUGACAAAACACGCAAGUUCAAGGAAAUCAUCAGAGUCUGUACUGUCGGAUUUUCUUGCUCUGUUAUCAUUUUGAGAUUUUUCCUAAACAAGCCUAAAACUGGUCCCCUCGACUCAAUUAUCGUGUACAUUCUGUGUGGCUGUCUCGGUGCUUUCUCGAUACCACAAUUCCCCAUCGGAGUUGAACUCGGCGUCGAGACUACGUUUCCAGUAAUGGAAGCCACGUCAUCUGGAGUUCUUGUCAUAUUCGGUUCCUUGUUCAUGUUCAUAAUUCCUUUCGUGCAAACCUACACAGAAAGUUUGAGACUUUUCUAUCAGCAAUCUUGGAAAUUUGCUCUCGAUGUGACUUGCGCAUUAUCACUAGUUUCGGUUGUACUGUCUUUAUUCUUCCUGAAACCGAGGUAUCGUCGGUUGGAACUCGAAAACGCUAAACUGGCUCUGGAAAAAGAGGAACCAGUGGUAACCGCUCGAACAGUCGUAUCGGACAUCGAGAUGCGCUGA